AGUCGUCUGGUUGCUUAUUAUCGCCGGUGGUGGGAUCCGGGGCUCUGGAUCAUUGGGUCUCGCUGAAGUAACGGAACCCGGAAAGGUUCCGAGGGGGCACCGUCCACACUGCACAGGAGUGAGCGGGUUGCGGAACCUACUUCCGGGAUUUUCACCUCAGGUGUCCGCCAUUAUCCCGCGUGUCUCCUGGCCCCACGGACCCCAGAGGGUCCUAUGGCAACCGGCGCGCUGACGGACCCGGCCCAGGUGACUUGCUCCCCAGAUCCUGGGCAAAUCGUCAGGCUCCCAGUGAGGGGCUCCUGCUCAGGGCCUUGCGGGUCAGGACUCUGUUUCCAGAACAGGAGGUGUGCACGUGUGGUGGCCCCGCUGCUGACUGGCGAUGUGAUGAGUGCGGACAGUGUUAACAGCGGUGGACCCAGCGCGUCCAACGCCUUGGCGGUGCAGGUUGCCAUGGUAGGAGCAACAUCUGUGGUCCCUGGGCAGGUAAGGGGAAGAAGCCCCGGUACCUACAGAAAUGCCAUCCCUACCCCUGGUCCUGGCACAUGAUCUGGAGACACUGUUGUCCUAGGAUGUUGUCCUUGGUUCUGGGCCCUGGGGUCCCCUCAGGCCCAGGAUCCUGGAGGUCAGAAGUGGUCCUGAGGUGUUCCUGUAUGUCCAGUGAAGAAGGUCAAAUGGUGAGAUGUCCCUGGGCACAGGGGCUGGCCUGUCCACAUGCCUGGAGAUGAGAGUGAGUUGGGAGGGCUCAGGGAGCAGCAGGAUUCCGCUGAAAAGACUGAGGGCAGGAGUCGCUCCUGGGACGGCAGCCUGGGGAGCUGGGGCUCUCCUGAGGGUGUGGGGGCCGUGCCGGGUUUGCAGCAGAGGAGGGAGUGGUCUGGCUCUGGGUCUGAAGAGGCUGCUCUGCCUGCCCAGGGGAGGAGAUUGUGGGGGUGAGGGUGGAGCCAGGGAGACCCAGUGGAGGGACAGCCCUGGUGAAGGUCCACUGAGACUGGAUCCCAGCAGCGGCUCUGUAGCAGGAGAGGAGGUUCGUUUCUGUCUCGUGUGUGAGUAAAGGUGACCUUCUGCUGUACAGGGUGAGGGACAGUGGCCUGACACGACCCCGCGAUGUGUGCCUUUAGGGGAGAGUGGAGAUGCCGUUUCUGAGAUGGGAAGUCCAAAGUAGGAGUAAUUAACAGAAGUGCUAGCCAGAGUUACGCAUCACCAGGCUGAGUGUGAGGUGUCAGGUGGGCAAGAGGAAACACCUCUGGAGAUCAGGGAAGGCGGGUCAGGCUUGAAGGUGCUCCUGAGCAGGUGGAGAGCACGUGGCCCAGGCCAGAUCUGAGCUCUCACAGGUCAUGGGGGCGAUGGCAUGAAGGUUGUGGGGGAGGAGGGUCUUCUCCGUGGACUGGCUCACUUGUUGGGCACUGGGACAGGGGUGGGUGUCAUCACUGUGACGGAUGCGUAGGUACAGUGACCAUGAGUGUGUGUGCUGGGGCUGUGAGGGGCCUCAGGUGCAUCCUGGUCGCGGCACAGGAUCCUAGGGGGUGGAGAAGGUACUACUGAGAGGGACCCAGAGGUGAGGCCUGGGGCACUAUCUCCCCUCCGCAGGCUCAGGGUUUGUGAUAAGUGUUGCUGGAGCCUGCAGACUGUCAGAGUGGCUGGCCUGUGCUGAGGGGGUGUGGGGAACACAGUGAGACGCCCGAGGCCUGGAGCAGAGGUGGCAGUGUUGGGGUGGGGGUGGGGUCAUGGUCUGCGGGUGCGGGAGGUGAGAUCCUCCCCGCUGGGCCGUGGGGAGGGAGUGUGAGGAUGACUCGGGGCCCUUGUGCUCAGGUUUCCCCCAGGAGGCUGAGUGCCAGUGUCAUUGUUGGUGGCACGGUCUGUGUGAUCCCAGGAGAGCCGAGCGGAAGGAGAGUAACUGGGCGUGUGUGCGGCCGCCCAGAGCACCUGGCCCUGUGACCUUUGAGGAUGUGGCUGUGUACUUCUCCCAGGAGGAGUGGGGGCUCCUUAGUGAUGCUCAGAGGCUGCUGUACCACGACGUGAUGCUGGACACCUUGUCCCUUCUAGCCUCCCUGGGUUGUUGUCCUGGAGUACAUGCCGAGGUGGUCACUUCUGAACAAGGUGUUUCUGUAGAACAAGUGACACAAGCCAGGAGUCCAAAGCCAGACCCAUCCAUCCUGAAGACUCUUACUUCCGAUACGUGUGUCCUGGUAGAGAAGGAUGUUUCAUACCUGGCCGAGCACCAAGGAGUCCCUCCUGGUCUGGAACCACCCUCUCCUGGGGCCUCUGGGGAAAUGUUCAGUUCUUACCUAGAGCAGCACCAGAAGCAGCCCAGUGGAGAGAAACACCUCACAGGGGAGGGGAGCAGGGCCUUGCUCGUGACCGGCUGCAGAGCGCGUGUAUCUGACAGCAUGUUCACAUGCAGGGAGGUCGAGAAGGAUUUCCUAGGCACCCUGGACUUUCUCCAGCACCAGCCCUCCCACAGCGGAGAGCACCCACGUCGAAGCAGGAAGAGCAGGGAGGUCUCCCACUCUGAGCAAGGGCAUUACAAGUGCAGCGACUGUGGCAGAGCCUUCAAUAAAAAGUAUAAAUUCACAGAGCACCUGAGAGUUCACACUGGAGAAAAACCUUAUGAGUGCAGUGACUGCGGGAAGUUCUUCAGACUCAGGGGGGGUCUUACUCAUCAUCGGAGAGUUCACACAGGGGAUAAGCCUUUUGACUGUAGUAAAUGUGGGAAAGUCUUCCUCUACAAAUGUAAACUCGUUGAGCACCAAAGAGUCCACACUGGAGAAAGACCCUAUGAGUGUAAGGAAUGUGGGAGAGCCUAUGCCCGCAAGGAUUCACUGGUUCAGCACCAAAAAGUCCACACUGGAGAGAAACCUCAUUCCUGCGGUGAAUGUGGGAAGCCCUUCCUUUACAGAAAUAAACUUCUCGUGCACCAGAGGAUCCACACUGGAGAAAAGCCUUUUAAGUGUAAGGAAUGUGGGAAGUCCUUCAGUUACAAAACAAGUCUCAUUGUCCACCAGAGAACCCACACUGGAGAACGGCCUUACGUGUGCAGUGAGUGUGGGAAAGCCUAUGUCAACAAGAAAAGUCUUGUUGUCCACCAGAGAAUUCAUACUGGAGAGAGGGCUUACGAGUGUAACAAAUGUGGGAACUUCUUUACAAGCAACUUUGCCCUCAAUAAACACCAGAACGUUCACACUGCACGAAGGCGUUAUGAGUGCAGUGAGUGCGGGAAAGCUUUCAAGAGGAAAAUUAGACUUAUUGAGCACCGGAGGAUCCACACUGGAGAAAGGCCCUAUGAGUGUAAUGAAUGUGGGAAAGCCUUCAAGCUAAAGAAUACCCUUGUUGGCCACCAGAAUGUCCACACUGGAGCAAAGCCUUUCAAGUGCGGUGAGUGUGGGAAGCCCUACAGCAACAAAACAAGUCUUGUUGUCCACCAGAGAAUUCAUACUGGGGUAAAGCCUUUCCAGUGCGGUGAGUGUGGGAAGCCCUACAGUUACAGAACGAGUCUGAUUGUCCACCAGAGGAUCCACACUGCGGAAAAGUCUUACGAGUGCAGUUCUUUGUAGGCAGCUCCUAAGUGCAUGAUAAACAAGGGAUUUCACACUGGGGAGAUGCCUUCUGGACUUGAGCUUUCCUGCACUUGAGUUAAUAUCUAGCAGCACAGUCCCUGGGUCGUAGUGUAGGUGCCUGUUCCUCUUCUGUGGGGCCCGUCACACAUUCCUGAAGUGGCAGUGUCCUUGUACAGUCUCACCAGAACAGCCAGAGCCCGCGUUCCCGUGCUUGACGUUCUCACCAGCACUUGGUGUGGUUAGGCUUUCUAACAUCAGUGACAUCAUAGGUGUAUGGUGGUAGCAAGUGAUUUAAAUUUGCAUUUCUCUAACGAGAUGGUAUUGAGUGGUCUUCCCUGUGUUAAUUCCCAACCAUGUAUCAUUUUUGAAAUGUCUGUUCAUAUCCUUUCUUGUGUUAAUUACUGACUUUUGACAUUUCUUCAUGGAUUAUUCAUCAAGGUUCUCUAAUGGAAAUAUUUACCAAUACAUUCUUCCAGAAUUGGGUUUGCCUUUUCAGUCGAUUUUCUAGGAAAAUAUUUUUAAUUUCAGUGUAGUCUAAUUUGUCCAUUUAUUCUUCUGCUGAUGAUUCUUUUGGUGUUGUAAAUAAGCAGCGUUUUCCAAAUUUAAAGACACUGUUUCCUGUGUUUCCUUCUGUAAUUUGUAUGGUUUAGGGUUUUUAUUGAUGUAAAUGAAUCAUUUUCAGUUAAUUUUAGAAGUUAUUUUUUAAAAAUAUGGAUACCCAUUUAUCGCAGUGAUACUGAUUUAAAAGAUUAUACCUUUUCCCCUGAAUUGCUCUAGUAUCUUCAUUGAAGGUCCAUCAAUUUAGGUAUAUGUUUAUUUCUGGACUUUCUCUUCUGUUGCCUUUAUCUACUGUGUUUAUACCAGUAUUUUGAUGUGCUGAGUAAUUUGUUUUAUAUAUGUCUUGAAAUCAAAGUCAUAUACUCCAAUUUUCUUUAUUUUUCAAAGGCAUUGUAGCCAUUCUUGGUUCUUAGCCUUUCCAUGUGAAUUUUAGAGUCCAGUUUUCAGUUUGUACAUCACAAAAAAUCUUCCUAGAAGCUUGAUUGGGAUUGCAUUUAAUCUUUAGUUUAGAAAGAAAUACUGAGUGUCCCAGUCCAUCAACAUGAUAUAUUUCCUUUUAUUUAGAUCUGAUUUAAUUUUUCUUAGUAAUGUUUUUUUAGAUUUCUAUUCACAGGUCUUGCGUAUGUAUUUUCUACAACUGAUGAUUCUGUGAAUAGGAAUUUUAAACACUUUUUUUAAUUUGUGAGUUGUUCAGUGCUAGGACACUGAGCUAUCAAAGUAAGGAUAGAUGUGAUCCUUCUUAAUCUUAUAAGUGACAUCUACAGAGAGCUGUUAGAAGUGCUGUACCUUUGAACCAUUAUUAAAAUACUUGCAUUAGGAUAAAAUAAAAGGAGGACAGCUGCCCAUUGCUCUCUUACUCACUGCUGUCCUGGAGCUCCAGUUUCAUUCAGUGACGCAAAAUGACGAAUAUGCCGCAGUGGGAAAGGAAGAAAUAAAUCACCAAACUUACAUCCUCAUUUGUCAUCUUCACAGAGUCCAAAUGUGGACACUCAAUUUAGUGCCUGAAUCCAUCAUAAACUCCUAAUUUUUUCAUCACCCAUAUGCUGCCCUUCUUGCUUCCUUAGGACCCUUCCCCUUCUGUUACACUAUGCACUCAGCAUCAUAGAUGAGCUGCUCAUUGUAUUGUUCCAGCAAAUACAGAGUAAGUUCCAGGAGGGAAAUGUGUGUUUAUAUGUUGUGCACUGAUAGAUUCCAUAGUCCUGGAAAAAUGCCUGAAAUACAUAUGGUGCAUAUUGACGUCUUAAAAUACGGAACAAACUAUCAGCACAAAUGUAACGUUCAUUUGCACAUCUGUGAAUAUACUUUCUACACCUCCUCACACUGUCUUUACUUCAUUACCCUUAAUGCUCUUCAGUUAUGGGAAGAAACCAUAUUUUGCAAAAAGUGUUUAAAUCAACUAAAAGGCUCCAACACCAUUUUAUUGGCUUCCUUCUCUUCUUAGAUCUCAGAUUUUUUUCCUCACAUUCCAUCAGGAUUUUGAUUGUUUAUUCCAAAAACCAGUUUUCCUGCAUCAAUGUGUGCCACUCCUGAUGGGUAUCUGUCUUAUGAAGCACUUUUGAUAGCUGUUGGUAGGUACACAGUCCCACGUGUUUUUCAGAGUCAUCUCCACUCCCCGUGCAGACACUGCGAGUGCGCUCACAGGUGAAGUGUUAAUCAGUUCCCCAUGAACAGAUGACAUCAUGGACUUACAAACCUUCAUCACAGGCUUAUAUGUCACCCCUGUUGCUCACUUUCAGAGAUGCUGCCAUGGCAGUCCUUGUUCUGGGAGCAAAUACACAUUUGGUAAGUAUCUCUUCAGCAAUCUGAUUGUUUGGAAAUAUUUAUCUCAGGAAACCAAAGAUUAACUAUUUUAAAACUAAAUUUGGCUUCCUGAAAUUAGAACAAUAGAAAUAAAACCUUAGAUAGAUUAGAUAUACAGAAACAGAGAUUUAGACAGACAGAUAAGAAGAAACCCAUAAAAACAGGAAAGGUUUGCUGAGGAAAGCAAAGGCAUGUUGCCUGUCAUCAGCCUGCUCCAGGAGUACCUGGCAUCUCCCCUCAUUGCUUUGAAACUGGACUCACUGGAUUCUCAGUAACCACACUGACUAUAAAAGGGUUCACUGUCGAGGCUUCAAGCUAAGGUAGGUUGUGGGUAGUCAGAUGAAGAUGAGCUCUCACUCUGAAUGGAAGCCUGGUGUCUGUGUGACAUCUGUUGAUUGGGGACAUGUUUCAUGGAGCCUUUAAUGAAGUCUACAUUUCCAUCCUUGGUGGAAGGCUGUUCAUGGCACCUCACAUUCCUGGGUGUUCUCUUUAUCAUACUAAUCGACACACUGCCCUCCUGGGGCCUUGGCUUCCAUUCCUUCUAUGAAAAUGGAUCCAUUCUCCUCUCUUCUAACAGUCUAUCACCUACUGAUACAUCUAUCUGUGUCUUUUUAUCUGUCAUCUUUGCUUUACUGUAAUUUCACCUCAACUGCAUGUCCCGUUUAUAAUUUUUUUAAACAGAAAAUAAAAAUUUGGACCAGAGACCCUCUUAGAAGAAUAGACCCACCCUACAUUCAAUGAGAAUUUAAUUUAGACCCUUCCUGUGUCUACACGACGCUUUGGGAAGUUACCAGUCAUUGUCGGUGAGUCACUGCAGGUUGUCAGGAGUGGAGUGACCCGCAGCCUCAGCACUGCCAUAGUUGCAGACACUCAGGUUUAUGCAAACUUCGAGAUUCCCACAGUCAUUCUAUUGACAUUUGUUUUUGUUUUUUAACCUCAUCUUGAGUCUUCUCAAGAUUCCUGGUUCAUUCCUUUGUCCAUUUCACUUCAUUUUUUGAUUUUUUAACCUACUUUCAUUACACUGGUGGUAUUUUUUACUUCCACUUUAAAUAGUGUAAGACUCAUAAUGUUUACUAUUAAUAUUUUGAAAGGAUCCACUUGUGUAUAAAGUUAAAUUGAAUAAGGACAUCAGUACACCAUACUCCUCCUGCACACAGUCUGCAAUCCAGGGAACAAACACUGUUCGCAAAUGGUGAGGAUCCCUCCAGAAAGAAGUGACAGUUUAUUCCAAAUCCACACAAACGCUCAAUAAGAUCUCUGUUCUCUUAAUCCCAAAUUAACUACUCUAAAGAGUACAGCUUCUAGAUUUGAAUGAAAGACGCUGUUGGGGUAAAGGGGGUGAUUCAAAAGAUGGGAUACAUUUAAAGAAAACUAUGUAAACCUGUACAUAUUCUGCACUCAAGAAAGGUUUAAAUGUCCCCUGCUUUUAACACCACCUUACAUGAGCUUCAAUAUCUAAAUCGUGUUUGAUUAGUUAUGGUUUGUGAUUGGAAAGAAAAAAUAGAAAUUCAGCAUCAGAGAAUUAUGACCCACAAUAUAUUUUGGCAAAUUAACAUAUGUUAGUGUUGAGAAACAAUGGGAGAGUGUUUUCAGUUUCACUGGCAUUUCUAUCAUUUGUGAAAGGUGUCUGAUGCACACAUGAAUGUCUGUUAAGUACUGCCUAUCCAUGUAUGUGCCCAGCAUCUUUUUGGGUCCUUCAGAAAUGUAAUUACUAUUGUUACUCAAGUUAUUGGUAAUAGAUUUCUGUUCUAUGUUCUGUAAAUAAAAAUGGAAGGCUAAUUUUAAUUUGUUUAAUAUAAUUUAUGAGUAUUAUUACAAAAAUAAUCUAUGAAUAUUAUUAUGAAAUAAAAUGGCCUCUAGUUUG